AUGAGCUCAUUCCUCGCACAACUCGGCCUCCGCGCCGCACCCGCCACAGCCUCAAUCUCAAACUACGGCCCCGCCUUCCUGGGAUUUAACUUCGUCUUCGCCUACGGCGUCCUCGCCAGCCGCACGCUAAAACAAAUCUACGGAAUCGACCAUCAGGAAUCACCGCGCGAAGACCUGUCUAAAUAUGGCGAAGCUGCCGUGCGCGAGGGCAAGAUCACUCGCGCGCAGCUAGACAUGCUGAAGCGCAACGAGGCGGCGCAUGCGAACGCUGUGGAGAAUUUCACGCUGCUGGUUGCCAGUGUCCUUUUUGCAUCACAUGCUGGUGUCCCAGCGCAGACUAUUAAUGCUGCUGCGGCCUCGUACACCCUUGCACGCAUCGUUUAUGGAGCGGUUUAUAUUCUUAUUGGGCAUCCGCGAUGGAGUCAGGUUCGGGGACUUGUGUGGUGGUGGGGGAAUCUGAGCUGCUUGUUUUUGUUGUGGAGGGCUGGGGGAUUGCUUGCUGCUUAG